AUUAAAACUUUAGUACGAAAUAUUUAUUUAAGACAUUAAUCACAUUUAUUAUAUCUGAAGGCAAACCUAUCGGUGAUGGUAUGGAUUCACGGGGGGUUCCUCCAGUUUGGAUCGGGACACCAGCCGGGCUUAAAACCGAACGGAAAGUUAGCCAAAAAGACAAAUAUAGUGUAUCUGAGCCUAAACUACAGACUCCAUGCGUUGGGGUUCUUAGCGCUCGACUUAUUGAAGAAUAACACCAAAGAGUCGACCAAUUUUGGGCUCAUGGAUGUCAUACUGGCUCUGCAAUGGAUUCAAUUAAACAUCAAAUCGUUUGGCGGCGACAAUAGGAAAGUGACACUAUUUGGCGCCGAUUCAGGCGCUGCGCUCAUCUUAGCCCUCAUGUCUAACCAUAACUACCGGUCCCUAUAUUACUCCGGUUGGCUAAUAGAUCCGGCUGUCUAUUUUGAUAAAUCAAUCGCCAGUGCGUCCAAAGAAAACAGGAAAAACUUUUUAAAGCGAACUAAUUGUCAAACUAUUGAUUGUUUGCGUUCCCUAUCGGCUCAGCAUAUAAUCAAAGCGUUUAUCGGCAAAAACGACCCCUCCUUUCGUAUUAUCGAUCAAAACGAUUUACCCAUUUUAGGCAUUUUGGGACAACAAUUAAUUACUGUCGACAACACAAUUGUAAGAGAUUUCUAUCCGUUUGCGAAGUUGUCGAGUGAUAUCCCACUACUGAUAGGCUCGUCGAGUCAGGCCAUAGGCUUCUGGCCCGGGCCUAAAGACUUGAUGAACUGGUCGUGGAGUGAUUACAGCAAAUACGUGACGACAAGUAUGGACUCAUUUGGACCCCGUUUAUCACAAUUAAGUCUCAGUCUCUACCAAUCGUCGCACCACUCGCCAGACUCGGAGCCAUUGACACCACAACUACAGUACAUAACUAUGGUUCGGGUGUAUGAACACGGAGUGAACUAUUCAUUUCAUCUGAUGGACAUCAUCUCAUUCUUCGGCCAAUUGGAGGUUCGGGUGUAUGAACACGGAGUGAACUAUUCAUUUCAUCUGAUGGACAUCAUCUCAUUCUUCGGCCAAUUGGAGGCUGACAAUGUGUCCGACUUAUCGCAAUCAUUUCAAUGGCAAUCAUUCCCUAAACAAACGGCUGAAAUAGUGUCACAACUGAACUAUACCUCAAUAGUGACCACUAAUUACCAUCAAAGCGAUCGCUGCUAUUUCUGGCAAAGCGAACAGUUCUUCAGCUAUAUGUGGACUGUUUGA